UCUUGGAGCAUCUGACAGUGAUUUAACAGUGAACUUACAGUCACUUUUAACAGCGGCCUUCAUCACUUUUGAAGGACAACGCGCGCCACAAUAAAUCGAUGUUUAGCGAACGUUUCUAUGGUUACCAAUUGACACAUCGGCAGGGCCAAACAUAGUAAAACAAUUUUCUAUUUUCAUUUGUAAGUUCUUUAAGUUUACAUAGUCGCAAUAUGGGCAUGCUGCACAAUUUGACGGGCUUGAUCAAAGUCAAAAAGGACAAAAUGACGAUACUUGUACUGGGCCUGAAUAACAGUGGCAAAUCGACGAUAAUUAACCAUUUCAAGAAGUCAAACGAACAGUCUGCUAUAAUGGUGCCAACAGUGGGGUUUCUCAUUGAGCAGUUUUACAACAUGGGCGUUUGCAUAAAGGCUAUUGAUAUGUCUGGAGCUACACGUUACAGAAAUUUAUGGGAGCAUCAGUUUAAAAAUUGUCAGGGAAUAAUCUACGUAAUCGAUUCAAGCGAUAGAAUGAGAUUCGUGGUUGUCAAAGAUGAAUUAGAUCUGGUGCUGCAGCAUCCCGAUCUGCGCGAUAGAAUAUUACCCAUACUAUUCUAUGGAAACAAAUCGGAUCUAGAGGACUCACUAUCUAACGUAAAAAUUGCAGCGGCUCUGGGUUUGGAAAACAUCAAGGACAAACCUUGGCACAUCUGCUCCAGCAACGCCAUUUCCGGAGAAGGUCUAGACGAGGGCAUACAAUGGCUGGUUCAGCAAAUCCGUUUCGCCUUAUUAAGCAAUAGAAAGGGUGGUAAAAUGAAGAUGGUCUCCAAGGACAUUAAGUAAUCUCGUAUUGCUCCUUUUCGAAUUUC